UUGAGUUUUGGGCUGACAAAUUAAACAAUGAAAUCCUUCCCCUUCCUCCUCACACUGGUUGUCUUAAUUAUAUCAGCCUCUGCCUCUGCCUCUUCUCCGCUCUUUAGCACAUUGGCAGGGACAUCACCUCUUGAUAAUCUCCUACCCUUCAACUACUACCACCAGAGCUGUCCAACGCUUGAAGAAAUUAUCAACAAAAAAGUCAAGGAAUGGGUUGCAAAGGAUUACACUCUUGCCGCUAGCCUCUUGAGGUUGCAUUUUCAUGACUGCGCUGUCACGGGCUGCGAUGCUUCCAUUCUUUUAAACCACGAGGGAAGUGAGAGGAGAGCCGAGGCCAGCAAAACAUUGAGAGGAUUUCAAGUGAUAGACGACAUUAAGGCGGAGGUGGAGAAACUGUACCCAGCAACAGUUUCUUGCGCAGACAUUCUGACGGCCGCCACCAGGGAUGCCACUGUCUUACUUGGAGGUCCAUACUGGAUGGUUCACUACGGCAGGAAAGAUUCCCGAGUUUCAAAUGCAAAAGAUGCUGACAUGGUGCCUCAUGGCCGCGAAAGCAUUACCACUCUGAUUGAGUUCUUCCAAUCUCGGGGUCUGAAUGUCAUUGAUUUGGUUGUUCUCUCAGGAGCACACACCAUUGGAAGGACAGCGUGCGAUUCAAUUCAACACCGGGUGCAUGGCUUGAAUGGAACUGGCAUGCCUACUCCUAAUCCACCGAUUGAUGAUCACUAUCUGGACUUCUUGCAAAGAAAAUGCAGAUCAUGUGCACCAGACUCAGAGUCUAAUUACGUUGAUCUUGAUGCUACAACCCCAACCACAUUUGAUGCCCAGUUUUAUGCGAAUCUUCAGAAGAAGAUGGGACUCUUAUCCACAGAUCAAAUGCUAUAUUCUGAUUCAAGGACUAGACCUAUCGUUAACACAUUAAUCCAGGACCCUUCCAUUUUCAGAAACCAGUUUUGGGUCUCCAUGGUAAAGCUUGGAAAUAUUCAGGUCCUCUCUGGUCAGAAUGAAGGCGAAAUUCGAACCAACUGCAGUGUCGUCAACUCUUAUUGA